UUCAGUUAGUUUCUCUAUAAUAAUAAUUUUGUACUUCAUCUUCAAUGAGUUUCUCUGUAAUAAUUUAAAGAAAGUCUAUAACACAUUCUAAUAAUAUAUGAUCGUUUUACAAUGGAAUACUCAUUGUCUCGGGAUAAGAAAUCAACAGUACACACCACAGGUGCGUUCCUAGUGGUCAUAGCUGCCGCCAAGCUUGCUCAUAUAGAUAAGAUAAUUUCUGGUUCCUUUAUAAAACAUGCCAAAUAUCCAGAGGUGCAUAAACAGUGAUACAUUAUGACAAGAACACAUUUAAUUGAAUAGUAAACAGAUACAAAUAAUAUUAACACAUACAUAGGGUGUUAAACACACUGUUUACUGACUGCCCUUUUCAGAAUCUGAUUGGAGACAAUAAGUGAUUUUUAAAUUUAAAUAAAUAUAAAAUAUAUAUGGUAUAUUUUAUUUAACUGAUGUGAGGUAUGUAAAUUCAACACACACACACACAAAAUCUGCAUUAAGUGAAAUUGUGUUUGGUAAGAAAUUGUUAUCAGUAUGGUGGAAUGUGUUAUGAAACAUUAGUUGAGAUAUUCUUAAGUGAUUAAUCUGAAAUUUAGUCUGGGCACAUUUUAAGAUGAUGCAUCAGGCAAAUCCAGGUUUUAUUUGUUUAUAAAACAAAUCCAUUACACUUGUUGUCUGUAUCUUAUGUUUAACAAGGUUCUGUGUCAGAUCGUAACAGAAACCUUUUAAAAUUAGAAUAGCCUCUAUAAAGAAAAAGAAAGGCACAUGCUACACUAAUGGGGAUUCAUGAGCUUGCUUAUAUUUAUUCAGUGACAAGGCUGUAUUGACUUCAUAGCCAUGAUAAUACAAACUGACAAAUAAAUAACUGUUAUGUGAGAAUACGUUUCUCAUUAGAAUUGCAUUCUUACCUAAAAUUGUUUAUUCAGAAUGAAACAUUGGGCUUGCAACCUUCAUGUGUUAGUUCACUAUAUUGGUGGUAUGUGCCGUUGGGAGUGCAUUCAUCAGCGACGCAUUAUUUUCUCUUUCACAGAACAGCAUACCACCCUAACCAUGCUGACAAGGCAGUGUCUGUCUGCCUCUCAUUGCCACAUGUAAAACAAUUACAAUGCCAAAAGGAUUUGGGUGUGCAACUGUUAUAAAAAAAACAGAUCACGUGGCUAAUCUAUUGACUCAGUACAAGAAAUGAUUUCCUUUUGUUAAAAGAAUUAUUCAAAUAUCGCCAGUUUGUGUAAUGAUGCUGCCAAUAGCAGAUUGGAAGCUGAUUUUCUGUCCCAGGAGCAAAGCCUGAAGAAAGAAGAAACAGUGAGUUUCAGAUCGACUGCUGGUUGAGAUCCACCAGGAUGGAGAUUGCUACAACAUUUCGUUACUAUUUCCAGCACCCAUGGUCUCGUCUAGUUGUGGCCUAUCUUGUAACUUUCUUUAACUUCCUGUUAUUCGCUGAGGAUCCUAUUUCGCACAGCCAGACUGAGGCCCAUAUGAUUGUUGUUGGAAACUGCUUCUCCUUUAUUGCAAACAAGUACCCUGGAGGAGGAUGGAAUUUCUUGAAGGUGUUGCUAUGGCUACUUGCCAUCAUCACAGGCCUGUUCGCUGGGAAAUUUAUCUUCCACCAACAACUGUUUGGUCAGUUUCUGAGGCUGAAGGUGUUCCGAGAGGAUCAUGGCUCCUGGAUGACCAUGUUUUUCAGCACCAUUCUCUUCCUGUUCAUUUUCUCUCACAUUUACAACCUCUUCCUCCUGAUGGCAGGAAACACAGGCCCGUUCAUCGUGACAGAGUACAUGGGAAUGAGGAAUGAAAGCUUCAUGAAGGUUGCAGCCGUAGGAACCUGGAUGGGGGAUUUUGUCACUGCGUGGAUGGUUACGGAUAUGAUGCUCCAGGAUAAACAUUAUCCAGACUGGGGAAAAGCUGCCAGAACCUUUUGGAAAAGAGGGAACAACAGAAUUGUGCUCUUCUGGACGGUACUGUUUUCUCUGACAUCCGUAGUGGUUCUUGUCAUCAGCACUGACUGGAUCAGCUGGGAUAAUUUAAACAGAGGAUUUCUGCCAAGUGAUGAGGUCUCCAGGGCAUUCCUCGCUUCUUUCAUCCUGGUGUUUGACCUCCUUAUCGUCAUGCAGGACUGGGAGUUUCCUCACUUCAUGGGGGAUUUGGAUGUGAACCUGCCUGGAAUGUCUACCACCCAAGUAAAGCUGAAGCUGCCUGUCUGUAAAUGUAUUUUCAAAGAAGAAUAUCAUAUACAUAUUACAGGGAAAUGGUUUAAUUAUGGAAUAAUCUUCCUUGUCUUGAUUUUGGAUUUAAAUAUGUGGAAAAAUCAGAUAUUUUACAAACCUUAUGAAUAUGGUCAGUAUGUUGGCCCUGGUGAGAAAAUCUUUACCGUUGAAGACCCUGAUACCUUGAAAAAGUUUAAUGAGACCACUCUGACUUGGGCAUGGAGAUCCACCAACAUUGAUCUGAAAAACAACAAGAUCUACAGUCAAAACGAUAUGUUUUUGCACAGCAGGUAUACAGGAGCCAGCCUUGAUGUCAAAUGUCUAGCUUUUAUUCCUAGCCUGGCAGCUUUUGUCCUCUUUGGAUUCUUCAUUUGGCUCUUGGGGCGAUUUCAGAAGAGUGACCAGGGCAUGGAGAACAAGGAUAAAACCUACGAAAGGAUAAAAAGAAAGUCUCCAUCAGAGUAUAGCAAAGACAUGGGCGCGACUCCAGAGGAGGCCCAUGUUACAAUGAAUGAUGGAUUAAAAAGGAAUACGCCCAUGUUACUUUCUGUGGAGACUCACGUUAUUGGAUCUAUCUCCCCUUCAUCAACAGAAACACAGGAGUCUCAGCCUACUGUUGUCUCUGAAGGUGUAACGCCAACAGAGACAGUUGUCUCCAAUGAUGUCUCUAACCCUUCAACCUAAUCCAGACACAGUUUGACUAAAGAAUACCUUUCUGACAACCUCCACUGUUCCCAAGUUCUUGUCAUUUUAUUUUGCCUUUAUAAUUACAAGACAGCUCAAUAUUUGUGCAUCUUAAAUGUUUGUCUGAGUGGUAGGAACCAGAACUGAACAAGGUUCAAACAUGAGAAACAAAUGUGCUGUAAGUGCUGCUAGAUUCCUACUAUAGAAGCACAUUUUUUCAUCUACGUUUUUUUUUUUUUUACCUUUUUUGUAACUUAAUUGAGCCCAUGAUUUAAUUGACUUUUUUCAGAACAAUUGUAACACUUCUCAAUGAUAAUUGUGUUAUAACUAUGUACACAGACUUCACAGUCUUGUUGGUGCUUAAUACUAUACUGUAUAGCAGGCCGAAUUUUCUAUGUUUAUUACAGUAUAUGUUUGUGUCAACACUAAAGUUAUCGUAACAAUUGUAAUUAUAGUAUUUGUUAUUAUUAUUAUACUACAUACAGGUAUAAAAGAGGUGCCUUGCUUGGUUAAGUCCUGUAAACUAUUUUACAGUUAUCCCCUCGAGCUUAGAAAGAAUUAUCUUCUGGUGAGCACAAAACAUUUUAUUUUGCACUAGAACAAUGGUCUUUCCAUAGAUAUUGUCAAUGAUGCAGAAAAAAACAUUUCUGCAAUGAAGUUGGGAUAGACAGCUGGACUGCUUUAGGAUGCAAGUGUGGUGAUUAUCUUUAAGUGCUGUAGACUGCUAGUGAAUUGAAAAUAGUGAAGCAGAAGGCAUUGGCGUAAACUUCUCCACGGGACACUGCAUGUGAAAGUGGGGCUUUAUGCAAUAGUGAUUAUGAGAGCUAAUGGCUAAAUGUGCUUUCCUUAUAAUUAUAUAUACAGUAUAUAUAUCAAAAACCCCAGUCCUUCGCCUCGUGAAAUGAAGGUUAACUAUUGCUAAGCCUGGGCCAUUAGUUUUACGUGAUUGUCAUCUGGACAAGGUCAUUCAGGACCAUGGGUGGAAUGAUGUCAGACUAAAUACAAUGCAACACUGCUUACAUUUGUGAAAACGUUUUACAUGGACCAGAUGUACUGUACAGUGCUUAUAGUGCUCCAGUGUAUGUGCAUUUUAAAUAUUACCAUUUUACAAGGUAGUGACUGACUACAAUUAAUAAAUGAUUACAUGGUGAAAGAAAAAAGUUGCUUGUGCAUACCACUUUCAAAUUGCACCUCAGAUCACAUGCAAUGUCUAAUUGCUACUAUGUCAUAGUUACUGUGUCCUAAACUAUAAAAUAAUAUAGAUCACUUCAAUAAACUCAGACACAGUUAAUAUAUGUUAUUCAUUUAUUUUUAUUUAACUAAAAUAAUAAUAUGUAGCUGUCUGUUUUGAUGAUCUAAAUACCGCCACCCUAUAACUCGAUAGAAAUCCUGCUGGUGUUUUCCCCUUAGUGAUUGGUUAGCCCCUUUAUUGAUAUUAAUAAAUACAAUAAAACAUAUAGAGGAAAGAGGUUUGCAUUAGAUCAAGUUUGUUUUAUCAGUGGAGGUAUUAAGAUACCAUCGUUUCAAAAUGUUAACAUGUGAUCGUCAGUGAUAUAUGAUGUCACUGGCUAUGUUUACAACAGAAAAAAAUGGACUGGUAUGCAGUUGGCGUGGCUUUGUAAUACGAUAAUAUUUUCAAUAUACCUGCAUUUGUAGGAAGGUUUACAACAAACCUGUCUGUGGACUGAGCGAGUGCCACUGUCAUUGUCAUUUAAAUGAGGUGGGGCUUUGCUAAAAUGGUUUAAUUACAGUUAAAAUGAAAAUACAUUUAGGACUGACGGCACAGUAAAAUAAAUAUAAAAUAUGUUUACUGUUAUAUAUAGCCCAUCAUUCAGUCUAUUCUGUAACGCUGCAGUGUUUCGAAGCUAUAACCUACCUCUACAUGGUUCGAAUCCUGUCACUUUAUAAAUGUGCUUUUAUACUACUGUACCAUCUGUUGUCUUUUAAGAACACACAAAAUAUACAUAUUACAAAAACUGACAUCAUACAGGAAUGCUUUGGAGGAAGAUUGAAGGUAAGAUGUCAUCAUUAGAGUUCCAUGAAAGAAAUAUAUCAAGUUCCACGAAAGAAAGCAAACAUUGUAUCUCUGGCAACACCAUAGUGGUAUAUUUUUGCAUUUAAUUUAUAAUAGCUUAAAGACAACAGUAGAUCAGCACAUAAUUAACUGCAUAGAUUUUAUAUUUUCAAAAAUUAAACUGUAAUUACAAACUGUAUUUUUAAUGUAAGCCUAUUCUUGUGACAGAGUGUAUUAAAACUACAAAUGUAUUUUAAAUACAUAAAACUAAAAAUCACCCUGUCAGACACAACAAAACAUUUUGAAAAAUGUGUGCCUGCACCUUAAGACAAGUUGGGGAUUUUGAGGAAUGAGACUGUUGGGGUUUUUGUCACAGUUGUAUGAAAAUGCAUGUAUUCUUGUUAUCCCUACCAUAUGACGAAGUGAAUGAUACGACACACUGUUUGUCAAGCUAAAAAUUUGCUAAAACAGCCACGAAGCCAAUUACAUGGAACGGCAUAAAAAUCCCCCUGUGCUGCAUAUUUAAAAACUAAGCUGUUAAUGGAAUUUAUCAUGAUCUACUUAGAAGAAA